CACGUAUUUAUUCAUGUAGCUGUGGUUUUGUGCGGAGAUCUGCCAUGCCCAUGCGGAAGAAGCGAAGAGCAGAGCUGGAGCUGGUGGUGGGCACGCAGACGCAGACGCAGACGCAGACGCAGCCACCUCCCUCCAAAGCCUCCUCCUCCAGCUUAGCUCUGCUCUCCUCUGUCUCAGCGACUCAGCCAAGAAAGGAGGAUUGAAGGCGGCUCAAGGCAUCUCCGAAUUGGAGGAGGGCCGGGGGAUCUGAUCCAUCGCCAGCCCAAGGAGCUCAGAUCGAUUCAUGUCAAGAUGCUGCAGCGGGCGGCGAGCAACGCCUACUCGUGGUGGUGGGCGAGCCACAUCCGAAGCACCCAGUCCAAAUGGCUCGACGCGAACCUCCAGGAUAUGGAGAAUCGAGUCAAGAUCAUGCUUAAACUCCUCGGCCAGGAGGCCGACUCCUUCGGCAAGAGGGCCGAGAUGUACUACCGCACAAGACCGGAGGUGAUAAGCCAUGUGGAGCAAGUCUACAGAGCCUACAGAGCCCUCGUUGAACGCUAUGACCACAUAUCCAAGGAGCUCCAUAAGGCCAACCACACUAUUGCUACUGCUUGUCCAGAGGAGGUGCAGUAUGCAAUGUUAGAAGAUGACGAGGAUGGUGAUCUCCCCAGAGCAAUCACACCAAUCAACUCGCACAAGAUACACAAGUCCACCGUUGAAGAAAUUCUCAACAGAAAGAGACAUGGUCGUCCAUCAGGCUCCAACAAGCCAGCCUCUGCUCCGCGCAUGACCACAGAGGAGGCACAAGACGAGAUCAGCAGACUUCAGAAGGCUAUACUUGUCCUCCAAACCGAGAAAGAGUAUGUCAAGAAUUCUUAUGAGAGUGGUAUUGCCAGGUAUUGGGAGAUCGAGAAGCAGAUUGCAGAUACGCAGGAGGAAAUCUGUCUCGUUCAGGACAAAUUCGACGCGCAUGCAGCCAUUCACGACGAUGAGGCCCGUGCCUUGAUGACAAUAGCAGCUCUUAGAUCUUGUCAGGGUACCAUAUCUCGGCUGGUACGCCAUUUUGAGGACUUGAUUAGGAUUGCAGACAUGGAGUCGGAAAAAACAAAGUCUCUCCGGUCACAAUUGUAUGCCAUGAAUGGCAACACUGACACAUCUUCAAGAGACGCUAGCAGCACUGAAAUGUCGGUGAACAGAAGAGCUUAUCCAGUUACCCAGAGAAUACUCGAGUUGCAGCCCAUAUAUGAAAAAAUUGACAACUUUUUUGCCAACGGAUCUGAAUCCUCUGCAGAGGAGAUUGCAGACAAUGUUGAUGAACUUGUUGAUAAAGUUGUCAACUUGGAGCUCAAGUUCCCAAAACAGUCAGCACAAAUCAAUCAACUGAAACAAGAGAAUGAGAACCUCAAGAAUAAAUUGGAUGACUUACAAGACGAGAUGGAACUUCGUGAUGACCAGAGCGACUUAAAUGCACAGCUCAAGCUACUAGAGGAUGAGUUCAAUAGAGUCCGAAUUCUUGAUAAAUCAAUUAUUGAGGAAGAAGUUUCCGUCAACAAAGGCUUUUCUGAAGUCUUUAGUUGCAUAAUUAACAUCUCAAAGGCACUUGGAUCUUUUGACCCUGAAGAUCUGUAUAAUUUGUCGACUGAUGUAGGAGAUGGUGCAACGGUUUCAACAGAUAUGUCCCUGGAGUACUUUACGGAAGAGAGCAAAGGUGGGGAAUUCAGAGACACAGAGGCACUAACUCUAAGUGAUCGUUUGGGCCAAGAUAGAGAAGAUGUCUUGGAAGUUGUUAAUGAUAAUGGUGAUGAUGGCAUUCGUGGCUCUAAGAAUGGCGAUGGGGAAAAAUUCUCGACAGAGAAUUGCAUUCUAGUCAGAAAUAAAACGUCUAUACAUUCUGACAACCAUAUUGAUCCAUUUGUUAGGUCCGAAAAUGAGAAUGGUGUUGAUAACUCUGGUGAGGGCAAUGCAGAUAGCUCAUCAGAAGAAAAAUGUCAGCGUGGAAGUGGAAACUUUGCUCAAGGGAAAAUUUUGAAAGGUGAAUAUCCAUUGGGAAUAAUCAGUCAGACUCAUCUCCUUCACUCAGGUAGUAUAGAUACUUUAGACAAGAAGUAUGACUAUAAUGAUCAAGGUUCAUCAACUGAAGCUUCCAAGUUGUUAGUGGAGGUUGCCGAGGGAAAUACUGGUGACGGAAAUGCUUUUACUGGGAGCAGUGUGGUACAGGAGGAAAGAAUUGGAGACAGUAAAUUACAAAAUAUCUAUGGGCAGAUUAGUCCAGUUGCUUCCUCUGACUUGAACACUUUAAAGGAAAAAGAUCCCCUAGAAGAAUCCUUACUGGCAGAAGCUACUCGUUUCAGUGGUCCUGAUAAGACCUUGAACUCGCAGCAUACAAAUGAAGCAAAAUCUGUUGAAGAAUUGCCAAACCAAGGUGGUCAUCUUAAUGGUCCACAAAAAUUUGAAAGUUUGAAUAAAUGCAGCCAAGUCGUAGCACCUAAAGAGGAUGGCUGCAUUUCGUUAGGUCAUGUGGAUAACAUCCAGGAUAUGAAGAACAGGAUUAAUGCAGAUGCAUAUUCCUCAGAUGUGAGGGAUGGAACUUCCCUCUGUGUGCCAGCUGGAGAUUCUGAGGAAACUGAAGUAUUGUAUUGUCAAGUAUCGAAAGUUCUGACAGAUUCAGAAAAUGUGGUCAGUGACAUUCGCUAUAGUCAGCUAGAGAAGAAGAGUUCAAAUGGCGAAGAGCUUGCAAGCAAAACAACUACCUCGAACAACCAUGGAGGAAGGAGUCAGGAUGAAAAGGCUGCUAUAAUGGGAGAAGAAUGUGUACCUAGCUGGCAAGAAUUUCUUCUUGAUGGGCUUGAAGGUAGAGAAGCAAUACUACUAGCUGACUAUACUUCAGUGCUGCGGAACUACAAAGAAACAAAGAGAAGGCUUACUGAACUGGAAAAGAGAAACCAGGAGCAUCUUGAAGAGACAAAGGCAGUUAUACGGGAGUUGAGGAAUGCAAAUUCCAUAAAGUAUGUUGAGAUCCGGUCACUAAGAAAUCUCCUGGACUCCUCAGAGAUGCCACCCAGUAAAGCAGGUAGUAACUCAACCGCUUCCUCAAGUAUGAGAUCUUUCAGGGAAAUUGACAGACCAAAUUGCAUUUUGGAUGGAGAGAUUUCAACUGUGGAGGAAAGCAGUUUUAGCAACAUCGAGGCACCGGAGAACACAUCAUCUUUUGAAGCGAGGUUCAGAAAUGACAUUGACACUUUGGUGGAGGAAAAUUUGCAGUUCCUGGUAAGGUAUAGCAUGGCCUGCCACCACAUGCAGGAGUUUGACAGAAGAUACCAGGAGGUACAAGAAGAAAUGGAGGACACAGAAGAUAAGAAGACAGGAGGAUCUGAUACUGCAGCAGAGCCUGAACCUGCUGAAAAGAAGUUGAGAGAGCUCCGAACUGAACUGGACGUAUGGUUUGAGCAGAACGCGCUUCUUGAUCAGGAAGUGCAGCUUAAGACUGCGUCUCUUUGCAGACUGCAAGAGGAGAUAGCCGAAGCCCUGCGUGGUAGCUCGGAGAUGGCUGGAGCCAGGUUUACGCCAUAUGAAGCAGCCAAGUUUCAAGGGGAGGUCCUCAACAUGCAGCAAUCCAACAGCAAGAUUGAGAGUGAGCUGCAGGUGGCAUCAGAGCACAUGAGGGGGCUUCAAGCAAAGGUCAACGAUGCCCUGCGGGAGCUGCGUGAUAGUUUUGAGGUUUCAUCCCAGCGCUUGCUGCGGCCAGAGACUGAAAGUAGCUAUGAGAAACAGUUCAAGCAUUUUCCAAGUAGGACCAGAGUACCGUUGCGGAACUUCCUGUUUGGAACAAAGCGAAAGAAGAAAUCGAUAUUUGCGUGCAUCAAUCCCACACUCCAGAAACAGUUCAGCGAUUUGUGAGUGGAAAAGAGGUCGAAGGAUGCAUGUGGUGGCUCAGCUCCGGGAGGUGAAAAGAGGAGCUUAUUGGAUGGGACGUACAUAGGGCACAAGUAACAUGACCAUAGUUUUUGGAGAUUUUAUACCAUUACACUAGAGCUCAUUGUCGAUCUCCUUUCUGAGUAGUUUUGUUUCUCAGAGUACAAGAGCAGGCUUGUGUUGUUUGGGAUGGUAAUUUAUUCAUGAAAUUUCGUUUGAUUGAGAA